GGUUCAUAUGCUAUAAAUAUCGCCUUCUCUGUUGCCACUACCCUCAACAAGAAAUCCAAAAGAAAAACUAAGUAAUCAUGGCUAAAUACACUGCCUUCGUUGCUCUCCUUUUCUGUCUUCUCCUUGUUGCUGCUACUGAAAUGCAAAUGGCAGAAGGAAAAUACUGUUGGAAGAAAAGUCACAAAUGGAAUGGGCCUUGCCAUUAUUCUUACAAAUGUAGCCAGCACUGUAAACACUGGUUUGGAGCUGAAUAUGGUAUUUGUAAAAAGUACCAAUGGGGACACAAACAUCAUCAUGAUUGGGCAAAUUAUGCUUGCUAUUGCUACUCUCCUUGCCAUUAACCAAAAGCAACUUUAGUGCGUCAACUAUUGGCUUGUACUGCUAUCUAUAUGUAUAAAUAAGAAGCUGACUUCGGAAAUGCAGAGUACUAAAUACUGCAUAAAGAAGCAGUUAGUGUGAUUUCAUUGUGUGUUUGUUUAUGUUGCCUUAAUUUUAUUGUAUGUUUCUAUAUUGUUGUUGUUGUGAAGCGAACAUGGUAUUGUAAUAAAUAAUAUUGUUCUUAUUUGAAAUA